UGGCGCCAGUAUCCAGUCGUUUCGCUCCCUAAUCUAUCGUUUUGCUCCAAACCCAAAGUUAAAUGAGUCGUCUACAGUGUGACAUUGGCGUGCAUGACUUGGGACAUCCAGUGAGGCAGCAAAAAGUAGCGACGGUACAGCUAGAAGUAGCAACAACUCGCAAAAAGGAUAUUUGAAAAUGGACUUCAAGUAUGUUGUGGUUGGCGGUGGCAUUGCUGGAGUCACUUGUGUGGAAACGUUGUCUCUUUUUUGCCAAGAGGAGAGUAUCUUACUCAUUUCGGCCUCACCAUUGGUUAAGGCAGUCAUGAACUUCAGGCAGGUUUCUAAAACCUUGGAAGAAUUCGAUGUUCAGGAACAGCCCUUGACCUACUUAGAGGCUCACUGUCCAAAUGUGAAAGUUGUUCACGCAGCUGUGGUGAAUUUAGACCCUGAACAGAAUAAGGUUACUACAAAUGAUGGUGUGAGUUACACAUACAAGAAGCUAUGCCUCUGCUGUGGUGCGAAACCAAAGGUCAUCGCUAAAGAUAACCCAUACGUCCUUGGUAUUAGAGAUACAGAGAGUAUUGAGGAGUUCCAGAAGAAGUUAGUGGAUGCAAGAAGAGUUGUGGUUGUUGGCAAUGGAGGAAUUGCUACCGAAAUUGUCUAUGAGAUUGAAGGUUAUGAAGUCAUCUGGGCCAUCAAAGAUCCGUCGAUCAGCUCCACAUUCGUUGACCCUGGAGCUGCUGAAUUCUUCGUGCCACAUCUCUCGAUGGAGAAAGAUCCAGAGAAGAAACCAGUCAAGAGAGUCAAAUAUACCACGGUUGAAAAGGAAGUCGCCGUAACAUCACCGGCUGGAUUGAGCGGGGAUACACUAGGAGGUGCUCUUGGGCCUGAUUGGUCUAAUGGCUUACUAAUGACUGGGAAAAAACGGGGCAUGAAAAACAUUCAUGUUGAAUACAAUGUUGAGGUCAAGAAGAUUAUGCUGAAGGAAGAAUUCUUGAAGGCUGGGUUAACAGCAACUGGUAUCGAUCAGCGAACGGAUGAUGCGUCCUGGCCUGUCUACUUAGAACUUACAAAUGAAAAGAUAUAUGGUUGUGACAUCGUAGUGAGUGCUACAGGAGUCGUGCCUAAUACCGGGAUCUGUCAUAAAGGAGGUUUGUUUGAACUAGCUGACGAUGGUGGCAUGAAGGUCAAUGACAACAUGUGUACGAAUAUAAAGGACGUUUACGCUGCUGGUGACAUGUGUACGGCAAAUUGGGAACCUGCUCCUCAUUGGCUGCAGAUGCGAUUAUGGACACAAGCACGCCAAAUGGGACACUAUGUAGCCAAGUGUAUGGUCGCUAACUUAAAUGAGGAAGAAAUCUCCCCCGACAUAUGCUUUGAAUUGUUUUCUCAUGUUACCAAGUUCUUUGGUUAUAAGGUGGUGCUACUUGGUAAAUUCAAUGCCCAGGGCUACGGAAAGGAAUAUGAAAUAUUACUGAGAAUGACAAAAGGUGUUGAGUUCAUUAAGGUCAUCAUGAAGGAUGGGAGGAUGUGUGGUGCUAUUCUUAUCGGAGACACGGACUUAGAGGAAACGUUUGAAAACCUCAUUCUCAAUCAGAUGGACUUGAGUGCCUUCGGUGAGGAACUGUUAGACCCUAAUAUAGACAUUGGGGAUUACUUUGACUGAUGGACUUGGAGACAAUUGAAAACCUUAUAUAGACAUUGAGGAUUACUUUGACUGAUGGACUUGGAGACAAUUGAAAACCUUAAAUAGACAUUGAGGAUUACUUUGACUGAUGGACUUGGAGACAAUUGAAAACCUUAAAUAGACAUUGAGGAUUACUUUGACUGAUGGACUUGGAGACAAUUGAAAACCUUAUAUAGACAUUGAGGAUUAUUUUGACUGAUGGACUUGGAGACAAUUGAAAACCUUAUAUAGACAUUGAGGAUUACUUUGACUGAUGGACUUGGAGACAAUUGAAAACCUUAUAUAGACAUUGAGGAUUACUUUGACUGAUGGACUUGGAGACAAUUGAAAACCUUAAAUAGACAUUGAGGAUUACUUUGACUGAUGGACUUGGAGACAAUUGAAAACCUUAAAUAGACAUUGAGGAUUACUUUGACUGAUGGACUUGGAGACAAUUGAAAACCUUAUAUAGACAUUGAGGAUUACUUUGACUGAUGGACUUGGAGACAAUUGAAAACCUUAUAUAGACAUUGAGGAUUACUUUGACUGAUGGACUUGGAGACAAUUGAAAACCUUAUAUAGACAUUGAGGAUUACUUUGACUGAUGGACUUGGAGACAAUUGAAAACCUUGAACAUUUUGAAAAACAUUUA